AUGAAAUAUAUUUGCUGCAUCUUUAGUCAGAUUAUUUAAUUAAUGUUGUUAAUUAUAUUGUGUUGUAUGAUUUACAAUUGGAAGUGAAAAUGGCGGUGAUUGUGUAAAGGCGUUGUCUGGUAAAAGUUUUUUUGACAUGUCUGAAUCAAGUGCAAAGUUGAGAAAAGGGGCUAAUAAGAAUCAGAAGCGAAAUCUUCCUUCAUGGAUGAGUUCAAGUGAACACGGGAGCAAAUCUCAUGGAAAGAAGUCAACAGAUGCUGCUAAUGAUGACGAGAAAGAAAAAACUGAAGAAACCAAACAAGCUAAAGGGCACGAUAAAGCAGUCGGUGGAGGUAGUCCCUCUAAUAAAACUGAACACAGCAAAAAAUCUGCUGCUUCUAGUUCGAGUACUGCAAACUUCUCCAAACUUCUGGAAGGAGUUGUUUUUGUAUUGUCAGGGUUUGUUAAUCCAGAGAGAAGUAUGUUGAGGUCACAGGCCAUUGAGAUGGGAGCAGCUUAUCAAGCUGACUGGAACUCAGAUUGCACGCUCUUGGUUUGUGCUUUUCCAAAUACUCCAAAGUUCCGGCAAGUUGAGGCAGAUUGUGGUACAAUUAUUUCGAAGGAAUGGAUAAUAGAAUGUUAUAACCAGAAGAAGCUCGUUGAUAUUGAAAAGUUCCUUAUGCAUACUGGGAAACCAUGGCGGAAAGGCAAUAUAUCUCAUAAAACUGGCGAAGAAGAAAACCCAUCUAAAAAAUCUCAGAAGGUUGAAAAAGGAUCAAAAUUAAUGCCAACCACCUCUUCAUCCUCCAAGCAGAAUAAGACAUCUAAUCCUGGCAAAGAGAGAUUUUCUCCUUCUGAACUGAAAAGGUGGGCUGCUGAUGAUUUAAACAAAACCAUCUUAUGGCUAGAGAGUCAAGAGGAAAAGCCAGAGGAAAGUGAAAUAAAACAAAUCGCUGCUGAAGGGAUCUUAAUUUGUAUGCAAGAUGCUAUAGAUUCUAUUGAACAGAAGCAGGGUGUGCAGCAUAUAAUGGAGCAGUGGCAAUGCAUCCCUCGUGUGGUCCAGGAGCUUGCUAAGCUGGAGGGCAAGGGUUCAGCUGCACUUUCAAAUGGAGAUCUUUGUAGUCAGGCGAAGGCCUGGAAACAAAUAUACGAGGAGGAACUACAGAGGUUAGACAGUGACUCUGUGUCAAAGAAGCAAAAGCAAAAGACAAAUGAAAGUGAAAGUGAAAGGAGCAACAAUGGCAGAUCGACAGCAACUCGAAGUGAUGCAGCUGGGUAUGACAGCGAUGAAACCAUUGAAAUGACAGAAGAAGAAAUAGAACUUGCUUACAAAAAUGUGACUUCCUAAGAUAGCGGUAAGGGCAGACCAAAUUUUUGUGUAUACAAGUUUGAAGAAGGCUUGUGAUACUGGUGUUACUUCACUGCAGGUGAAUGUUUUUAACAGAAAAAAAAAAAAAAAAA